AUGCCAAUCACCGGAAUAUAUUUCAUCCCCUCCCACCCAAACACCACAACAGUCCUCCCGGCCCUAACAGAGCGCCUUCGCACCGCAUACCCAGAACAAGACCUCGUCCCUAUCGGCCGCUGGGCCCUAGAACACAAGCUCAUGCGCGAUACGCCAGGUCUCCUGCCUCAAUCUGGAAAAUCUUCUAAACCCCGCUACAUGCAGUUCCUCUCUUUGAGUCACUAUCCUACUCACGGCUUCAUUUACACUUCUGAGCCCGAGGCUCCUCAUCCGGCUACUACACAUACUCCCGCUCAAGCUGCAACGCCUCAGGGUGGUAGUGGUGGUAAUGCGGGCGAUUCACCAAUGGUAAUGACGACCAUGCCCCCGGCCUCUUACUCAACGCUAUUCCAACACUUCGUCUACGCCGCACAACCGUUCUGGGCGCACCGUUUAACGAUGUCAGUGCCCGGAGGCGUGGUUUAUGAAGUCGGUGACUUUCUCGUACGGAUGGGCGAUGUACGACAGACGUAUCCCACUGCUAGGGUGCGCGGGACGGUUGUUGAGAUUGAGUGGCGUGGGCCAUCUGUUGUUGAGGGGUUGGCUGGGGAUGGGGAUGAUGAAUUUCGGUUUGCAGUUGAGGAGGCGGAUGUUGAUGCUGAGUAUGUGGCUACGGCAGAGUUGAUUAGGGGGUUUUGGAAUCGGUUGAGGUUUGAAGGGGCGAGGGAGGCGAUUCUUGUCAAUGGGGUUGGGAGAGAGGUUAAGGAGAAGUUGAGGAGGGGGUCCGGGAGGAGAGAGAAGGUGACGGGGGGUGAGGGUGGGGAUGGGGUGAAGGUUGGGGGUGAAGAGGAGGAUAUUGAUCCGUCGGCUGGGGUGGAUGUUGCGAGGCAGUAUAUGGAGGUUUUGCGGUUUAAUCGCUAG